CCCCUCGCUUUCUCGAGAGAAAAAGGAGCAGAAGGAUGUCGGGGCGCGGGAAGGGAGGGAAGGGGCUGGGGAAGGGCGGGGCGAAGCGCCACCGCAAGGUCCUCCGGGACAACAUCCAGGGCAUCACGAAGCCGGCCAUCCGCCGCCUCGCCCGCCGCGGCGGCGUCAAGCGCAUCAGCGGCCUCAUCUACGAGGAGACCCGGGGGGUCCUCAAGAUCUUCCUCGAGAACGUCAUCCGCGACGCCGUCACCUACACUGAGCACGCCCGCCGCAAGACCGUCACCGCCAUGGACGUCGUCUACGCCCUCAAGAGGCAGGGCAGGACCCUGUACGGCUUCGGCGGCUGAUCCCCGAUCUGCUUUAGCUAGGGUUCCGGCUACACGAGAAGCGUGGGGGGUUUUUUUGUAUAUGGAAGCGUAGGGGUUUCUGCCUUGGUUGUGUUUUAGUUGGUUUUUAGCUUGGUGGGUCUCUCUUGUGAAGCGAGAUUGGGCGAGAAACAAGUGGAUUUGGUGCUCCUUUCUCUCGUGUAGAUCGUGUUUCUUUCGAUUUUCAGUGGAAUUUAAUGAAAUUAGUUUCCCAA